AUGACUGAUCUUCGGGAACUGUGCUAUUUCGUUGAAGGCAAUGAACUCACACAGGUGUUCUCGGUACCUGCAGACGCUAAGAUGAAUGUAGAUGAUCUGAAGGUCAGAAUUCUCAAGUCUUCGUAUGGCGUUAGGCUCUAUGGUAUACCAGUGGAAUUCUGCCACUGCAUAAGCUUGUCAGGACUCGGAGUCCCUGAUUCCUCUUACCAGCUUGCUAGUAUGGCGCGCCUUGGCCGCUAUUGGUCAUGCCAACCUCCAAAAAACGUUAUCAGCAUCUUCGUGACAAUUUACGGUCAUCCCUUGGUGACUUUCUCAGCAGUCCUGGAAGGUAGUGAGCCCUUCCCAGUUCAAGCGGGCAUCCACACAUCGGGAAUAGACCUUCAAGAAGUCAUUUGGGAAACUUUGAGUGUGGACCAUUCAGAUGACACAUUAUCGGGGGAGCGUUGGCGUAAGCUUGAACCAUUUACAGAACUCGCGGAAGUUAUCCCGAACUUGAAGGAGAACUCACUUCAGGUCAAAUUUUGGGGUGGUCCACGUCUCGCUUUGCAAGCUGUCGUGGAGGGCGAGGGAAACCGAACAACUCAAGUCGUCACAAUGUUCAGCUUGAGCGUGGGUUUGUUUAAGAAAGACCUGUUAGCAACUAUUAGGCCAGACCUAUCGCGAGCAGGAGUGGAAGGGGUAAUACUCGGCGUGGUGUCAUACCCUGGGCAAUUGCUGGAGGAAUCGGAGAAGUACCAGCUCCUGGAGGAGCGUCUUGUUUCAGAGUACUGGCCUUUCGAGCCUCCCCGUUCACAGUUAAGCCUGAUUGUGCGCCUUCCCAAGCACGACCACCUUCGCCCCAUAGUGGCAGUAGGGCCCUUUGAGGAGAACCACGCCCUGGCGAUCCUCUCUGCAAGCGGGGGCGAUUUCAUCGCCUAUGAUACAUGUGAUAUUCCCCGUGACGAUGACAAGUGCGAUGUAGAACUAGAGCCAUGCACUUUCAUGGAGGUACCCUGGCUGAAAGCUUUGACGGGCAUUCCAUUGUCCGAAGUGUUGGUCCUACCUGAAUACGAACUUGCUCUGAACGCAGUGUUGGAGUUCUUCGAGCGUGGCGCAUACUCAAGCCAACAGACAAACUCUGGUUUUCUCGCAGAUGGGAAUCCGUUCUGGACGCACACAAGGAGGCCCGACAGCCGUCAGCUCUCCAAAAUAUUUACUUUGCACGGCCACGCAGGGAUUGGAAAAACAACAUUUUUAUCUGUGGUGCUCCGCCUUCGACUAGAAGCGGGGCUCCCCACAUUGUUUAUGAAUGAGCCCAGUGGAUUCUACUUCUUCAGUGAAGGAAAGACCUUUGAAUAUCGGGUCGACCGGGCACGGAAAAUUCGAGCGAAUGACCUUCCACAUCUUCCACUCACAACAUGGUGUCUCGUGAAAACGGGACGACAUCUUGAGGAAGUUCCCGACUAUCUACGAAUGCUUUGUCUCUUCAUACUCGAGGCCGCCUCUCCGCGUGGCAGUCAUUUUAGGCGACCAUCGAAUACAACGACAUGCACACAAUACAUCAUGAAGCCAUGGUCAUUGAAAGACAUCUUAUCUGGGCGACAAUUGCAGCAGCAUGUACAUCCAGAACGUGUCUUGGCCAAUGCCUUUGCAAACUUUGGGCCUUCAGCCUGGAUAGUAUACUCACAGGCUGGACAUAUAUUGACUUGGGAGAGUCGACUAAAAAGUUAUGCUCAGUCUGUUACAGUCGGCGCGCUGGAAAAUGCCAUCAAUGGAACCAAUGUACUACCCCUGGAAGGCCGUAUUUCUCCCUUUCUUCUUGUCCUUAGACCUGGGAAACACCGCGCCGACCGCGUUGUUGCCAUCUCCACUGAUUUCAUAGCCACCUUAAUAUCCAAAGUGAUAGAAGCUGAGGGUCAGAAAUCGAUGCACAAUGCCACUAGAACUUGGAAUAUAUCAGGGGAAGUCAUCAUGUAA